UCUCUGACGGGACUUCCGCAAUGUUGGAAAAAGGUUACAGUUUAACUGGGAUAUUUGAAAAUAUUUGUCGCUCAAAUGGUAAGAGUGAUAAAGAGGCAAACAGGCACAUCUUGUUCGUCGAUGUUUGCGGUUCGAUACCUAUAGUUUGUCAAGCCAUUUCCAUCAGUAGAAAAACGCAGCAAUCUUAAAAAAUAUAGGCGCGAAGGGUUGCCUUCCCAUAGAAAAAUUGAAUUUCACGCCUUUUUCUUCUGACAAAAUUGUUUGCGCGGCUAUAUAUACUUACUUUACUCUUUGCGUUAGCCCCUCAAGCGGAUAUGAAGGAGGAGCCCUUUUCAUGGAACGUUUCUAAACGGAAACGUCACUGUCAGUGUCAAUGUCAGAUUUGGCAACUCAAAUGCGCGUGAAUGUUUCAGUCCUUGGUCAACAUUGUGCAAUUUUAUCUUACAUUUAACUCGUUAUCGAUAUAAUUCUCACUUAAAAAUAACAGUGUCAGUGUAUGACAACAAUUUGAACAAUACUGUGACCAGUCUUGACUAAUAUCUGCAACAUGCGGUUGGUAGACGGAUCGAAACUUUUAGAACUUCAAAAUACACCUGUGAAUAUUCGAAAUAUUUGCAUCGUGGCGCACGUGGAUCAUGGGAAAACUACUUUGGCGGACUCCUUGAUAUCCAGCAAUGGUAUCAUAUCGCAGAGAAUGUCGGGGAAGCUGCGCUACAUGGACAGCCGGCCUGAUGAACAGGAACGUGGUAUAACCAUGAAAAGUAGCAGUAUUGCCUUGUAUCACGCCGUGCAGAAGCAAGAAUACCUUGUGAACCUCAUAGAUUCACCUGGACACGUCGAUUUCUCUAGUGAAGUGUCCACAGCUGUGAGACUUUGUGAUGGAGCUAUUGUUGUUGUGGACGUAGUAGAAGGUGUAUGCCCGCAAACAAGGUUAGCGCUAAAGCAGGCUUAUUCAGAAAACAUCCGGGCUGUACUUGUGCUCAACAAAAUUGACCGAUUAAUACUAGAAAUGCAGAUGACACCGCUGGAUGCAUAUGUGCAUCUCACGCAGGUCAUGGAACAAGUUAAUGCGGUUAUGGGAGAACUGUUUGCUAGUGAAGUGUUGGGUAAUGAGGAAACUAAGAUUGAGAAACAGGAAACAAAAGAAAAACCUAAGGAAGACAAUAAUUUUUACGAUUGGACCUCCGCGUUAGAGGAUGCAGAUGAUUCCAACCUAUACUUCUCCCCGGAACAAGGCAAUGUUGUUUUUGCAAGUGCAAUUGAUGGUUGGGGCUUCACAGUCCAUACAUUUGCUCGACUUUUCUCUGAAAAACUUGGUGUGAAAGAAGAAAUACUCAGAAAAGUUUUAUGGGGUGAUUUCUACUUAAAUACUAAAACAAAACGUUUCAUGAAAGGAGCUCAAGAAAAGGCGAAAAAACCGCUCUUUGUCCAAGUAGUGCUAGAUAACUUAUGGAACGUUUAUGAAACUAUCGCCAUGAGAAACGAAAAAGAAAAAGUACCCGUUAUCUGUGAGAAACUUGGUAUCAAGCUUACAACAAGAGACCUUAGACAUACAGACAGCAGAAUUCAAUUACAGUCACUAAUGAUGCAGUGGCUACCUUUGUCACAAACUGUGUUAAACAUGGUUUGCACAAAACUACCAUCACCUAAAGAAAUUGGCCUGGAAAAAGUUGAGAAACUUAUGUGCACAAAAAUCUGUGACUAUGAAUCUUUGCAUCCUCAAACGCAAGCAUUAAGAAACGAUUUCUUAGCAUGUGAUAGUAGCUCAGAAAGGCCUGUUAUAGUGUAUAUUUCUAAAAUGUUUAGUGUAGACAAAAGUGUGCUUCCGGAAAAUAAGCCAAAGGCUUUAACCGCUGAAGAGAUGGCUCUAAGGAGAGAAAGAGCCAGACAGAUGAGAGAGCAAAUGAAAUUGAAUGAGGUUAAUUCACAAGCCAUACCUAUGACAGAAGAAAAUAAAGACGAAAACACUCAGGAAACCAGCAAUGAAACUGAAAAGGAAGAUAAUCAACCGGCAUUUAUUGCAUUCGCUAGAGUAUUUAGUGGUAGAUUAAGAAAAGGAGAUAAAGUGUAUGUUUUAGGACCAAAACAUGACCCGUCCAGAAUACUUAAUAUAAAAGACUAUGAAGUAGAUCCUAAUAAGAAGUUAAAAGACUUGAAGAGUGAUGAACAUAUCACAUGUGCAGACAUUAAAUCCUUAUACAUUUUGAUGGGAAGAGAAUUAGAAGAAAUUGAUGAGGCAGUUGCUGGCAACAUUAUCGGAAUCGGUGGUUUAGAAGAACACGUCCUUAAAACCGCAACCCUAAGCACCACAAUUGCUUGUCCGGCGUUCAGUGAGCUCCAAUCCGCUGCUGUCCCCAUACUGAGGGUGGCCUUGGAACCGGCGAACCCUUCGCAGUUGCCGCAGUUGGUUAAAGGGUUAAAAUUGCUGAACCAGUCAGACUCGUGCGUCCAAGUUUUACUGCAGGAGACUGGAGAACACGUAAUAGUGACAGCUGGAGAAGUGCAUCUGGAGAGGUGUUUGGAAGACUUGAAAAAUAACUAUGCGAAAAUACCAAUAACAGUAUCAGAACCCAUCGUGCCGUUCAGAGAAACUAUUAUCGAACCCCCCAAAAUAGAUAUGGCUAACGAAGAAAUAGACUCCCAAAACAUAGACAAGGAAAAUGAUACGGAAGUAGACCCGGUCAUUACUGUGCUGACCAAUAAUAAACAAAGUAGGAUAAAAAUAAGAGCCAGACCUCUACCUAAUGAAAUAACAGUUCAUCUAGAUAAAUCUACAGAUUUGCUUAAAGCCAUAUCACAGCACAUCAAAUCAUUGCAAGGUUCACCAAAGAACGAAAAAAUCGAAAAUAAACUAGAUAACUUACAUAUAAAUGGCACCCAUGAGCUCUCAGAUCGUAUGUUGAAACUAAUAGAAACAUUUAUAGAAGAACUGAAAAAUAUUAGUUCUAAAUUAGGGCCAGAAUGGAGCAACGUGGCUGAGCAAAUUUGGUCUGUAGGCCCUAGGAAUUGCGGGCCCAAUCUACUGCUAAACCAAACGACGGAUUACAAUACCAAGUUCUUGUAUCAUAAGAAUGAAUUGAAAGAAGAUCCGAGGUUCGAGUAUGAGAGCAGUUUUGUGAAUGGGUUCCAACUGGCAAGUUUGGCUGGUCCAUUGUGCGAGGAACCUAUGAUGGGUGUUGCUUUUUGUGUUGAAGAAUGGAGCUUGGAUAAAAGUGAGGGUGAAGAUGUUGGACAUACUUUUGGACCACUUUCAGGUCAAAUCAUGUCAGCAGUCAAAGAUGGAUGCAGAAAGGCGUUCCAAGUGCAACCACAACGUUUGAUGGCUGCCAUGUACUCCUGCGACAUCGUCGUCGACCAGAAAGUAUUAGGAAAACUUUACGCGGCGUUGGGACGUCGCGGCGGGCGCGUCGUAGGAAGCGACCUGCAGACCGGCUCUGCAUCUUUCCGCGUCCAAGCCCUGAUGCCCGUGGCUGAGAGCUUCAAGUUCGCCCUGGAGCUCAGGACGCACACCUCGGGCCUGGCAGCGCCACAGCUGCUUUUCAGCCAUUGGGAAGUGAUAGAAAUCGAUCCAUUCUGGCGUCCCCGCACCGAGGAGGAGUACCUGCAGUGGGGGGAGAAGUGGGACGGCGUGAACCGCGCCAAGGCGUACAUGGACGCCGUGCGCGCGCGCAAGGGGCUCGCCACCGACAAGCAUCUCGUGCAGCACGCCGAGAAGCAGAGGACGCUCUCCAAGAAGAAAUAAAACUAACGUGCACUGGCCUAAAAUUAGAUAUGGUAACUGGCCGUUUACAACAAUAUUUUUUGUUGUAUGGAAAUUGUUAAAAUAUAUUUGACAAAUAACAGUAACUUUAGUUAUAAAGUAUACAAUUUAUACCAUAACGCGAUAAUCUGGCGAAAUAUAUUACUCUAAUUUUGUAUCCAAGAUAGACACCUACAUGAGACUCAACUAUAAGUUUCUGAGUCCGUCCGUCUGUAAAAAAUUUGAUUGAUAAAAACUUUUCUAUAUCCAAUCCGCUAUGACAGAAAUACUCAACUUGCUUUAUUAGGUGGCCCGCAAGGUGAUCCUGUAAAUACAUAACCUUGCCACCCUAACAUCAUCUUUAACCUUUUGAACGCCAGGAAAACCUAGUCGUCGUUACUAGUCGUGCCCAUAGCGCCAAGGACACCUAUAGGUGUUAUGGCGGACGCUGUCAAAGUAACCUUCACACUUUCGAGUAAGGUUUACAUUAGCUCGCUUGCGCCUGGGAGCUUGGCGUUUGAGUGAUGUUUGUGUUUAUGACAUAAAGCGUUCAAAGGGUAAAGCAAAUUCAUCUUGCAGCCCGGGGCUACAAGGCGGACCGUCUUUGUGGCCUCGUAAAAAAAGAUUGAGUAUGGCUGCGCUAUGAAGAAAAAGUAAAGCUAACAUUUUAGUAUCGAAGUAUGUAAAAGUGUCGGCUUGCCUUAAGGUAUUUGUCACCUCCCUGAUAAAUACUGAUUGCCAUCAGCGAUUCACCUUUGUACUAAAGUGCAUGCAUGAUAAAGGCAGAUUGCGACUAUUCUAUUAUCUUUAACGAUCAACGAGCACUUCUUAAUUCCACGACUAUGGAUAUUAAUAUUUUGUUUCAGAAAAUUCCUGUGUUAUAUUAUAUACAUUUAGGCUAUUUUUUUAUCUUUUGUUAUAAAUACCUACAAAAAUAGUGACGUAUUCAUCUUAAUGCAUUUACAAGUAGGUUUACCUACUCCAUGCUUUUAGACAUAAUUCUUUGUAAACGAAGUUAUGUCUCUCUAAGGCAUUGUUUUGUUUUACAUACUAAUAAAUAUUUAUUUUCUAAUAA